AUGAAGCUAUCCAAAGUUGAUGGACUGGUGAAUGAUCUGCGGGGAUCCCGUCGGGGAAGUGCCGCGUCCCAAAAGGGAACGGCGAUACUCCGCGGAAUCCCCAACGCUCUUCUUCAGGUUCCUCACCAUCACUUCGGACGGUCAUCUUACCUCAUUCUCACGCGUAUACUCCCUAGAGGACCACCCCGAUUACGGAGCAGCCGCCAGCCAUCUGCUCACCGGAGAUCUGGGAUCUGUCACUCUGUCUGCAUGCUGCAUGUGAGGAAUAUGUCCACUCGCCAGCGUCGCCCCACUCAAGUCCAUGAGAAGGAUCUGGGUACCAGCCAGCCUGCUGUGGUGGCAGCUGCGGUGUUGGAACAGCCUUCCCAAGUCAUCAGAAAGCUUCUUCACUGGGAUGAUCUGCCCCAUUGGCAGCGCGACAACCAGCACAUUCACACGGGCUAUCGGCCGGCAUCGUUCUCUCUUCUGGUCUCCCUGCAGUCCUUGACCUACCUUCACAAUGAAACGGUCAACAUCUACACGCAUCUGCUGCCGUCUUUACUGGCCGUUCCAGCGGCUGGGCUUCUCUAUCGGGCACUAGCUCCGCGAUAUGAGAGUGCCACCCAGGCGGAUCUGGUUGCUUUUGGAUGCUUCUUCGCGGGGGCAGCCUUCUGUUUGGGCAUGUCUGCAACAUAUCAUACCAUUUCGAAUCACUCCCCCCUCGUGGCCCGCAUCGGAAACACGUUUGACUAUGUUGGUAUCGUAGGGCUUAUCGUGGGCAGCUUCGUGCCUAGCGUGUACUUUGGAUUCUACUGUAUGCCUGAUCUGCAACGGUUGUAUUGGACGAUGAUCUGCGCUUCUCGGUCUUGGCUGCAUCCUUGUUUCGAUCUUCCCUCAUUUCCGGACGCCUCGGUGGCGGCCAUUCCGUGCGUCCAUGUUUGUCGGCAUGGGUCUGUCAGCGGUGUUCCCCGUGAUCCACGGCUUACGCUUGUACGGUCUGGAGCAGAUGACACGCCAAAUCGGGCUCGGCUGGCUGCUUCUCCA